CCUGUUUUCUGUUGCUGUUUCUUUCCUUUCCAUAUUUUUUGUUCCUAUUGUUCUAAUCGACGUCCGGCAAUAUGGCUCCCAGUCGACCCGGCAGACCUCGAGCACCUAGUUCCUUCAGAUAUGUCCCGCAUGCGCACAAGAAAGAUCAAGAUGUCUUCAUCGACAUGCAAUAUGCGAAACAUAGCUGUGAUAAGCCGCUGGAAUUUGCCCAGGAACCGUGGAAAUAUUGCGACAACCAUACGAAUUGCUAUCUUGGGCUGAGAUUCGAUCGUCGUGAUGAAUUCAAGGAAAGGCUUCGUGAGAUGGACAGUGAACAUAACAAGAAGUUAUACGAGAUGGAACAGCAGCAGCAGUUAUAUGAAGGAGACGAAGAAUUCCAGAGCAAAUUGAAGGAGAUGCAAGAGAAGGGCCGAGGGAAGAAAUGGGAACGAGUUGUGCAUGAGGAAGAACGGAUUCAGCAGACCCGCAUCAACUUCAUAACGAACGACAAGAAUCCAAAGAACAAACAAAUGAUAGACAAGAUGAAGAUGGCGAAAUUGGCAUGGAAGAACGAAGUACAAGAAAGAAGGGAAGAAUAUAUCGAAAAGAUCAAGCGUCUUCCCAAGUUUCCCCGGAGUUGGAGUCGCAGUCAGAUAUUGGACAUUCAACUUCUGGAGCGUGUCGGGUCUUGGAAAGUAGAUGAUGAACUGGAAGAUGUGAACCUGAGGGGAGAUCCAGAGGAAGAGUACGGCUUCAAGGCGUGUGCGAUAUACUUCAAGAGAUCAUAUGAUGGUUGGGAACCGGACACGUACAAGCACCCCAAGUUUAAGGACGGGAAAUUUCCGAACCAAAAGAUAUCCGUUCACGACUUGAUACAACCUUCGCCUGACAACCCAUUAAGUCAGCCAUGCAAAGACGAUCAACUCCGAUAUUUUCACUUUCCGUCGAACAAUAUGCGUUGGAUUGAGGAAGCGAUGGCACGAUAUUACAACGAGGAUGCCGGAAAUCACAGCGACACCCAAAUGCCUAGUAAGAGAUCGUCGAAUGCCGAGAAGCUUCUGUCUCGCGAGUACUGGCGAGGACAACUUCAUGGCGGUGGUGGUGUUGGAGGGACUGGUCCUGCGGGGCCUGUGCAUGCUCGCCACAUGAGAAGUCGAUGCUCGCUGAUACCAUUAGACACAUCAUCUGGAGCCUGGACUCAGCGAGGACGGACUCCAAAAGCCGCUACAUUUCCAACUGACCCAAUGGCCGCCCCACCACCUCGGAGCAAAGCCAAGAACUUCGCCAUAUUUCUGCCCUUCCUCCACUGGGAGACGAACAGCCGCAGAGCUAAAAUGGCAGAGGUUAUCAAGGAAGUCACGAAAACGCUUCAAGAUGAAGAAGAUACAAGAAUGGGAAGGAAACGAACACUCGAGCUCUCGGACCAGAAAAAGCCAGAAAGGAAAUGUUUGCCCUGGAGGAAGGGUGAUUCACAUGAAGAGAAGCUCAGGAAAGAGAUGGAAAAAGAUGAUGACGACGACGAGAUUGACGUUUCCAAAAGGAAUGACAUGUACGAAAUGGCACGAAAGUACAAUACUGCCAGGCAUGGGAAGCACACCGCUCGUAAGAAGAGAUGCAAAUUGGGAAAGUACUUACUGGCUCUGGCUCAGGUGGCCGAUGCUAUGGAUUAUGAAGCAGAUGAGCGACUUCUGCGUGAGAAUCUCCAUCGCAACCCACCCCUUCACAUCCGAAGAACAUUGGAUCAAUCAUAUUUCCUGACUCUUGAAGACACUGCUGUCCGAGACAAAGAUCAAGUCGUGUACCGAGAAACAAGAGAAGGCCGGAGUUUCCACACACGGAACACUCGAGUCGUUAUGGUGGACCAACUAUGGCUCUGGAUACUGGACGGAAAUACCAUCAUCACCUCUUUCCCUCGGCGUUGGGGCAGGAACAAGCCAGAUCCUUCAGGCGUGCACAAAUCUCUACGGGAACGCCUAGAGGCUACAUCCUCAGAAGAGAUCCAAUCAGUGUACGACCUGGCAUUGAUCAUCAUCGACCAAUGUUCUCGCGUUUUCUUCGACCGUACCAAACCUCUUGAUCAAAGACCAGAAGUCAUGGAUCUCUUCGCCUCAGCCAUCGGAAAUGUGACCGAACGUACGACCAUCGCGUACGAGUGUUUUUGGCGCAACAUGGAGAUUCGAGGUAUGCGGUUCGCGUCGCCUGGUACGAAUAACCAUUCGUACCUCAAUAUCAACCCCGAAGGAACGCUAUUGCGUGAGUCCCAAGAUGUGGCGGAGGAGCUACAGAUCAUGUUGAGGAUAUACAACCAACAGCUACACGUUGUGCGAGACUUCCGAAAGAUCCUCGGACACAUGAACGGAGAAUCUAAGAACGAGACAGAUGAAGUGCGAACCUUAAUCAAGUUACUUCGACAAAAUCCUCUCGUGGCCGGAGACAAAAGACAGACUUCAAUGCUUGGAGAUAAAUUGCCCGUCCCAGAAAGCACAAUCCAGGAAGCAAAUGAUUUACUCGAACUCAUCCGGAACAGAAAGGCCGAGAUCCAGGACCUGGAAGAAGCAGCACUGAGAACAACACAGCAGCUUCAGGGCCUUCUUUCACUCAAACAACAACAAGCAAGUAUUAUCGAAGCGAAAGCAGCCCUCGCAAGAGCAGACGAGAGUGUGAAACAAGGACGAGCUAUCAUGGCCUUUACGCUCGUCACCAUUUUCUUCCUACCCCUCGGUUUCCUCGCCGCUUUCUUCGGAAUGAACAACGAGCAAAUUAACCAAGCAUCCUGGAUGACCCUCGACGAACAAAUGAAAUAUAUGUUCGGCAUCUCCACCGCCGUGAUCGUGAUCUCAAUCUCCAUCGCCUUCUCGCCCUGGACGCGCGCCACUCUAACCGCCUUAGUCAAAAUACCUAUCAUCUUCGUGCUGGAAUACACGGGCAUGCGAUCCCUAUGGAAGAAGUACAUUGUCGGACAUCAAUAUUUCGAGGAAAAGAACAGAGAGAGGAUCGAGUGGAUACACGGACAUGGAGAACGGAAAGAGAGGAGGAAGUGGGAGGAGGAAUUAGAGAGGCGGAAGCAGGAGGAGAUGGUUUAUGGGAGGGAGCAGAGGGCUACGUUUAAACUUGUUGAGAGAUUCUUGCAUGGCGAGAAGAAGGAAGCUGCGAAGAGGAAGGAGAGUUGGGGUGUGAGGGGGAGGAGGAUUAAUGGGGUUAAUGUGGGAGGUCCGGUUGUGGGUUCGAAUGGGGUUUUGGAUGGGAGUGAGUUGGAGAAGGGACAGAGGAUUGUGGAAGAGGAUGAGCCGUGAUUAUGGUGUAAUGUGUGAUAUUCUUGAAUGAUACCCAGUUUGUUCUUGGCUCGAGGCAUGAAAGCAAUCUCGCCCAACUCUUCGAUCACAUGCAGAAGCUUUCCAUUGUCUUCUGCGAACACUGUCUUUGUCGUCAUUGACCGAUUGUCCAAACAGCCACUUUCGUGCCUUGCCACAAAGAUAUCGAUGCAGUGGGCUUUCAGGCGAGUUAGGGGGUUGAUUCCGAAGUUGGAGAUGUGAUGAGAUCGAGCGUGGCUCCGAAGAUGGUUUGUUAAGCGAACGUCGAACAAUAUGGACCAUGUAACAAUAAGGCGUGUAAGCGAAAGGAUCUUGGAGGCUUAAGAAGUGCUAACACGAGCAUAUGUUGGGAAUAUGUGAUAGCUAGUAAAUAAAGCCGCGCUAAUCCUAGACUGAGU